UUGCGCUUAAACUAUGGGAAGCGGCACCUCCACCCAACAUCAUUUUGCUUUCCAGAAUGCAGAGAGAGCCUUCAAGGCAGCAGCCCUGAUCCAGAGAUGGUACCGGCGCUACGUGGCCCGCCUGGAGAUGAGGCGGCGUUGCACCUGGAGCAUCUUCCAGUCUAUAGAAUAUGCUGGGCAGCAAGACCAAGUCAAGCUCCAUGACUUCUUCAGCUAUCUCAUGGAUCACUUCAUCCCCAGCAGCCACAACGACAGGGACUUCCUGACUCGCAUACUCACCGAGGACAGAUUCGCCCAGGACUCCCAGAUGGAGAAAUGCAGUGACUAUGAGUCCAUAGAGGUACCUGACAGUUACACGGGGCCACGCCUCUCCUUCCCGCUCCUGCCUGACCAUGCAACUGCCCUGGUAGAAGCCUUCAGACUGAAACAACAGCUCCAUGCUCGCUAUGUCUUGAACCUUUUGUAUGAAACUAAGAAACAUCUGGUACAGCUGCCAAACAUCAACCGGGUCUCAACCUGUUACAGCGAGGAGAUCACAGUGUGUGGAGACUUACAUGGCCAAUUGGAUGACUUAAUCUUUAUAUUUUAUAAGAAUGGCCUCCCGUCGCCAGAACGGUCAUAUGUGUUCAACGGUGACUUUGUGGAUCGAGGCAAGGAUUCAGUAGAGAUCCUGAUGAUUCUUUUUGCCUUCAUGCUGGUUUACCCCAAAGAGUUCCAUCUUAACAGAGGAAACCAUGAGGACCAUAUGGUGAACUUACGAUAUGGCUUCACCAAGGAAGUGAUGAAUAAAUACAAGAAACACGGGAAGGAAAUACUAAGAACCCUGCAAGAUGUUUUCUGUUGGCUUCCACUGGCCACUCUGAUAGAUGAGAAAGUUCUAAUUCUUCAUGGUGGGGUGUCAGACAUAACUGAUCUGGAGCUUUUGGACAAAAUAGAGAGGAGCAAGAUAGUUUCCACCAUGAGGUGCAAAACGAGACAGAAGAGUGAGAAGCAGAUGGAGGAGAAGAGAAAAGUCAACCAGAAGAGCUGUGCACAGGGACCCAUCCCGUGGUUUCUCCCCGAAAGCCGCUCUCUUCCCUCUUCGCCCCUUCGGCUUGGCUCCUCCAAGGCCCAGAAAACCAGCAGGUCCUCCAGCAUCCCCUGCAGCGGUUCCCUGGACGGGCGGGAGCUCUCCCGGCAGGUGCGGAGCUCCGUGGAACUGGAGCUGGAGCGGUGCCGGCAGCAAGCAGGCCUCCUGGUGACCCGAGAGAAAGAGGAGCCCUCCCGCUCAGCCUCAGAAGCAGACUCUGAAGCCGGAGAGCUGCGGAAGCCCACUCAGGAGGAGUGGAGGCAGGUUGUAGAUAUCCUGUGGAGUGAUCCCAUGGCUCAAGAGGGCUGCAAGGCCAACACUAUUCGAGGAGGAGGCUGUUAUUUUGGGCCUGAUGUGACACAACAGUUGCUACAAAAAUACAACCUGCAAUUCCUGAUCCGUUCACACGAAUGCAAACCUGAAGGCUAUGAAUUCUGUCACAACCGCAAGGUAUUAACGAUCUUUUCUGCCUCCAACUACUAUGAAGUUGGCAGCAACAGAGGGGCCUAUGUCAAACUGGGGCCAGCCCUGACCCCACAUAUCGUGCAGUAUCAAGCUAACAAGGUGACCCACACACUCACCAUGAGGCAAAGGAUUAGCAGAGUGGAGGAGUCGGCUCUGAGAGCUCUGAGGGAGAAGCUGUUUGCUCAUUCUUCGGAUCUUCUCAGUGAAUUUAAGAAGCAUGAUGCAGAUAAAGUCGGUUUAAUCACCUUGAGUGACUGGGCAGCAGCGGUGGAGUCUGUGUUGCAUCUAGGACUGCCAUGGCGGAUGCUGAGGCCACAGCUGGUGAACAGCUCAGCAGACAACAUGCUGGAGUACAGGUCUUGGCUGAAGAACUUGGCCAAGAAACAACUGAGUCGCGAGAACAUACAAUCAAGUUUGCUGGAAACAUUGUAUCGAAACCGAUCCAACCUAGAGACCAUUUUUAGGAUCAUAGACAGUGAUCAUUCAGGGUUCAUCUCACUGGACGAGUUCAGGCAGACCUGGAAGCUGUUCAGCUCUCAUAUGAAUAUCGACAUUACAGAUGACUGCAUCUGUGACCUUGCUCGGAGCAUUGAUUUCAACAAAGAUGGCCACAUCGAUAUCAAUGAGUUCCUGGAGGCCUUCCGCCUUGUGGAGAAAUCCUGCCCAGAGGGCGAUGCCUCAGAAUGCCCACAAGCUACAAAUGCUAAAGACAGUGGCUGCAGCAGUCCAGGUGCACACUAAGAACAGCCUGGUCUUCAUCACCCAAAGUGCCUCAUAGGCAAUGCUCAGCUUCUAGCUAGACUA